AUUUGAGCCUUUCUGCCUUUGUAGAAGAAAGGGCCAAAAAAGCUUGUAAGCUUUACUUGCAGUUAACCUUACUGUAGCAUAUAAUAGAGGAUAAUUCUCUACGUGUUUAUUCUAAAUGCCUAAAGAUACUAGUAAUGGUGAAUCUACUCGGAAAGCUGGUCUCUUAAAGGACCAAGUUCGACUAGUCAAGAGAAAGAACUGCGAUCGAUAUGAAAUCAUCUCGAUACCUGAUAAUUUGUCAUUUGAGAAAGGUUUCUUUGUUGUAAUCCGUGCAUGCCAGUUGUUGGUUCAAAAGAAUGAAGGAUUGAUAAUACUUGGUGUUGCUGGUCCCUCCGGAGCAGGAAAGACUGUGUUUACAGAGAAAAUACUCAGCUUCAUGCCAAGUGUUGCAGUUAUCUCAAUGGAUAAUUACAAUGAUGCUAGUCGAGUAGUUGAUGGAAACUUUGAUGAUCCACGACUUACAGACUAUGAUACAUUGCUGAAAAACAUCAAUGAUCUAAAGGCCGGGAAGCCGGCUGAGGUUCCCAUAUAUGAUUUCAAAUCUAGCUCUCGCAUAGGAUACAGGACUCUUGAAGUACCUAGCUCCCGCAUUCUGAUUAUUGAGGGUAUCUAUGCUUUGAGUGAAAAGUUGCGGCCUUUUCUGGAUCUUCGCAUAUCUGUGACAGGUGGAGUUCACUUUGAUCUUGUCAAAAGGGUUUUACGGGAUAUACAGCGUGCCGGGCAGGAACCCUCGGAGAUAAUCCAUCAAAUAUCUGAAACGGUUUAUCCAAUGUACAAGGCUUUUAUUGAACCUGAUCUCAAGACUGCACAUAUAAAAAUCAUCAACAAAUUUAAUCCGUUUACUGGAUUUCAGAGUCCUACAUACAUUCUAAAGUCUUCUAGGGAUGUGCAAGUCGAUCAAAUCAAGUCUGCAUUAUCUGAAGAACACAUUGAAAGUACGGAGCAAACUUACGACAUAUACCUUCUGCCACCUGGUGAAGAUCCAGAGACAUGCCAAUCAUAUCUGAGGAUGAGAAACAAAGAUGGAAAAUACAGUCUCAUGUUUGAGGAGUGGGUCACUGAUUCUCCCUUUGUCAUAUCGCCAAGAAUCAGUUUUGAAGUUAGUGUGAAGCUUCUUGGUGGAUUGAUGGCCUUGGGAUACACGAUUGCAACAAUACUCAAAAGAAGUAGCCAUGUAUUUUCUGAUGAAAAGGUUUGCGUGAAAAUUGAUUGGCUAGAGCAACUGAACCGGCAUUAUGUUCAGGUCCAAGGAAGAGAUCGCCUAAUUGUAAAAUCGGUUGCUGAUCAGCUGGGACUGGAGGGUUCAUACACUCCGCGUACAUAUAUUGAGCAAAUACAACUAGAGAAGCUUGUGAAUGAAGUUAUGGCACUACCAGAUGAUUUGAAAACGAAGCUUAGCUUAGAUGAAGAUCUCGUCUCCAGCCCAAAAGAAGCUCUCUCUCGAGCCUCAGCAGAGAGAGUAGCAUGGAGAAAUAAGAAUUUAAGAAGUGGAUUGUCCCAUUCCUACGCAAAUCACAGAGAGAAAAAUCUAUCCAAGAUUGAUACUGAUAGUCAGAGGUUUGAUGACAGAAACACUGAUUCAGCAACAUUAGCAAACCAGGGAGCUGUUACACAUUUAUCGGAACAAAUAUCUACCUUGAAUGAUCGGAUGGAUGAUUUUACAUCUAAAAUGGAAGAACUUAAUUCCAAGUUAACCAAAAAAAGAGCUUCUCCGAGCACACAAAGUCUGGCUUUGCAAGCCGAAGCUUGUAAUGGAUCCGGCCCAACUUCUUACUUCAUAUCUGGUUUAGAAAAUGGUUCCUUGACAGGAUCCAUUAUGCCAAAUUCAUCAUCCUCUUCUUUGCUAAUUCCAAAGGAGUCCAAUCUGAUGGAAGAGCUAUCUAAUGUUGCACGUGGACAACGCCAAAUUAUGCAUCAGUUAGACAGCCUUAGCAAUCUUCUUCGCGACAGACUGGGAGAACAAUCACGACAAGCAAGAACAAGCAAGAGAAGAGAUCUAAAUUCGAUCAGAGUACCUCUCAUUGUGACCUUAGCAGUUAGUGGAUUGGGGUUCUUUCUGUUUAAGAGCCGAAACUGAUUCUUCUUCCUGAUGUAAAAACUAUGCUCCUAUACUUUUUUCUUUCAAGUUCAUUAGCCCCAUACAAGUAGUAUUUUGCCUAUGUUCGAUCGGAGUAGAGGUAGACUAGUGUUCAUGUGUGUUUGGGUCAAGGAGGGCAGGUUUAUGCUUUCUAUUUCCCAGUUGAGCUUUGUCAAACAAGGCAGCAAGUUGUGGGGUUCCUUUGAUUAAAACUCUCUUUUCAAUACAUAUUUUACAAGUUAAAUUGCAAGUUUCC